CUAACCUCAAAUAGAAAAGUGUUAAAUAACCUCUACGAACUGUGUCACAUUUGAGCCAUUAUUUUAAUUAAAAUAUUUAUUAUAUAUAAAUAACUCAUAAAUAGUUAUGUUAAAGAUGUCUGGAAACGCAGGGAGGUUGAUCAAAAAAUUUGCCUCUAUUCAUCUGAAUAGAACCCUACCAAGAGUAACUACCAAACCCUUGAUAGUAACGCAUAUCGAGGCAUCCAGAACAUUGUAUUGCAAAGCAAGUCUGGGCAUAGAUAACUUUGAAUUACAAAAGGUAAGAACUAAGCAUCAACUUUCGAACUUGGAAGAAAAAUUCAAGGAGAGAAUGAGGGAAUACGUCAGUGAUGAAAAAAAUAUGAUAUUCACAGAGGACUUAAAAAAUAUGGUUUAUUUAACAGAUAACGAUCAAGAUGUUGAAUUAGUAGUAGCAAUGAUAAAAAGGUUCAAUAAACAGAAUCAACAAUUGAGAUUUGGAAGUUUUAAAUUUGGGCCGAUUGUUAUGAGAAUGUUUCAUGUUUUAAACAAACCCCAGCUUGCAAUUGAGUGUUUUCAAGAUACAGAAAACUUUCCAGGAUUUUUUGAUCAGUUGGUUUCAUUCCAAACUUAUUUGGAUCUACUUUAUAAUAACGGCAUGUAUAAAGAAGUACUUGAGGGUUUCCAACAAAUUGAACAAAAACAACUAGAAGGAGCAUUGUUUCCUAGAAACUCAUUUGUUAUAGCUUUAGCUGCUUGUUAUAAAUUGAACACUAAAGAAAGUUUGGAGUAUGCCUUACAAAUUUGGAACAAGGCAAAAGAAUAUGGAUAUUAUCCCACUAGAAGGGCGAUAACUUUCUGUUCUGCUUUAGCAUUGAAUCAAGGCAAACCAGAAGUAGCUCUGGAAAUGGUCAGCAGUGCAAAUAAUCAGAACUACACAACUAUUAGAAAUAUUAAGGCUUUAGCUUUAACUGAUAUGGGGCGACUUGUUGACGCUAUUGUGGUUCUUAAAUCAGUGCUAUCCAUUGAAAGAGGGGAACAUACUUUCAAUAAAGAUGUGAUAGAUAAAAUAAAGACAGCUGUCCUUGCUUGUGAUAGUCCUGAAAUAACUGUAGAAUUCAAUAAAGUUCAUCAGUUGUUGCAAAAACAAGGCAAUAUCACUGAAAAGACGCUUGACGAUCAGCUCAGUUGUGAAAUACAAAAACCCCCACAACCACCACAGGGACAAUUCAAUAAAGAUGGAGGUAAUUACAGAAGUGGGGGUUUCAAUCAAAGACAGAACCUUCGGCCAAAUUUCAGAAAGGAAAGACCAGGAUUGGAGGAUUUAGUUUAACAUGAUGAUUUAGUUAGGUCAACUUGAUUUUUCACACAUAGGUUCUGUUUCGAAUUGUAAAGUCCAAUUCUUUUCUUGUAAUAUAAUGUGAUCAGUUU